CUGCUGCCUGCUAAUAAAACGUGGCUGCUGCUGCUGAGGGUAGUGGAAAACAGACUUGGUGUGCAGUCUUUAGCAGGAUUACACUUUCUCUCGUGCCCUGUGCAUCAUUUUAUGCACAGCACCGUCGUGCGUCGACUUCUAGCCAAGGACAGCGACUCGUUUCCUUUAAACCCGACAGGCAGGUCUAUAUCUAUACCCUCACUCACUUUUCCAGUUUCAGUUAGAAAGCGUAGUUUUCAGAGAUGACCUGGACGAUGAAGAGAUGUUUUGUCACUCUGGCCAUCCUGUGUCUUUGGCGAGUGCAACAACUGGCAGAAGCCUGCAGCUGCUCCCCGAGGCAUCCCCAGCAGGUGUUCUGCAACUCAGACGUCGUUAUCAGGGCAAAGGUAGUCGGAAAGCAAGAGGUGGAUGUUGGCAAUGACGUCUAUGGGGAUUCCAUCAAACGGCUUAAGUACGACAUUAAACAGAUCAAGAUGUUCAAAGGUCCCAGCAACGCUAUCGAUGCCUUCUACACAGCUCGCUCUUCUGCGAUGUGUGGAGUGUCUCUGGAGACUGACGGCAGGAAAGAGUAUCUAAUCACAGGAAUGCUGGAGGCUGAUGGGACAAUGCACGUCACUCUGUGUGGCUUAUUUGAACCCUGGGACAACCUGACUACCACUCAGAAGAUGGGUCUGACUGAGCGCUAUCAAAUGGGCUGCGAAUGCAGGAUCACCUCCUGCAGCUCCAUCCCCUGCAUGAUCAACAGCCCAUCCGAGUGCCUUUGGUUGGACUGGUUGAUGGAGAAGACUGAAAAUGGAAGACAAGCUAAACACUAUGCAUGCAUCAAGAGGAGUGAUAACUCUUGUGCCUGGUACAGAGGCUCUGCAGCGCCCAAAAAGGAUUUCAUGGACAUCGAAGACCCUUAACUUUACCACUGUGCACAUGUCUGCAGUUUAAAUAUGCCACCAUAGAAAUAUCAAAAACAAAAAUAAAAAACUCAUCAAAUUCCCCUUCUUUUAAUUAUCAAAAAAGCUGUAGAGUGGAUUUUUAAAAAAGGAAAAAAAAAAAGGUUUUAAUUGCAGAUCUCAUGUUUUCACUUAUCAUUCCUAUGAGCUCAGCGCUUUUUGCCACACUGGCCCCUGAAUCUGAAGCACAUCCUCAUAAACCACUUCUCCUCCAGCUGGAACAAAGGGGGGAAAACACCAUAAUUCAAUGAUACAAUUUCUUCCUGAGCUAUUAAUCUGUAAUUCUUUAUUCAAGUUUUAAAGGGUUCUAUAAUUAAAAUAACAUGUACAUAACAUGUACCUACUGAUCAAAGUUCUGUGAAUCUGCUUUGAUAAAUAACACCAGGAAACAAUCAUCCUGGCAGAGCUAUCACAGGGAACAGGAGCAUGCUUUUUAAAUGUGUGGCAACUGAUUUGUGUUAAAGCACGACUCUUUAACCACAGUCGCUGCUUUUCUUAUACUAUAAUCCUGAAUAGACAAGAAGGCACUUUGAACAUAAUUAUAUCGCAACAUUCAUAUUGUCUGUAAUGAAAAAAACAUGUUGGAAUUAAAAGAGGAUCAAAUCCUCCAUGGUUUGUUGUUUUGUUUGUUUUGUUUCUGCAUAUAUAGAUCACAGCUCUAGGCACUGUUAUACUUUAGUACGUGUGAGCACAUAUUUUAUUUAAGGUACUACAUAUAAUAAUUAUUGGGAAAACACUUAAAUUCUCUUUUUUUGAUAAAUAAAAUAUGUAAAUGUAAGUGUAUGUAUAUACUGUGGGAAAAAAAUUUAAUGGCCCAUCGGCUUGGUCAGUGGAAAACAACAAGAUCAUUGAAUUGUUCCCUUAAUUUUUGUUGCAGUAUAUUUAAAUAAAGAACACCAUAUAUUUUCUUAACAUUAGUAAAAUACAUUUUUGUUGGGAAUAACAGAUUGUAACCAAUCAUUUUUCUCGCACUGACGGUACUAAGGUUGCCGUCAGUGUGGCGCAAAUGUGACAUGAAUAAUUAAUAUGAGAGUGUAAAAAGAUUCGUCAUUUGAAACUGUAGUCAAGUAUGAUGUGCUGGUUUCACAUGGGACUUUUUUUUAAAGAUAAGAUGACUUUUGUAUGCAUAGCCAUCUGAAACAUUACUGUACAUUUGACCCUUACAAUUAAAUUCAUAAACCUC